AUGAGCCAACCAAGGGACGACAACUCAUCGAAAUCAGACCUGGGCGGCUACGAUGCAAAAGCCUCCUGGUGGAGUAAUUAUUGGAAAUUUUUCACUGGAAGAAUGUCGUACAGCGGGCAGGUGGAAUGGAGUCAAGAUUUAUCUCGAAAAAAUGAAAAGGCUGACUGCAAGCGUUGUGACGAAUAUAGAGAUUGGUGCUUUAAAUACUCACCAACCAUUAUUUUCAUGAAGAAAAAUAUAGAGGCAUUAAACGGAGAAAUUAAUGAGGACACAGUCAGAUGCCGGAGAUGUCCAGCGUGGAAAGAUGAAGAAGGGAAUUGGAGGAGGCAGUCAGGUGGAUUCACGCCUGAUCAUGGAAUUUUAAUAUGUGCAAAUGAGCUACAGGAUCGAAAACAUCUAGAGGACACCUUGGCGCACGAGAUGAUACAUGCAUGGGACCAUCUACGGUGGAAGAUAAACUGGAUGGAUCUGAGGCAUAAUGCGUGUACUGAGAUUCGUGCAUCAAGUCUAAGUGGUGAAUGCAGGUGGUCAAGAGAGUUCUUUAAAAGAAAUAACUGGACCAUAACUGAGCAACACCAAGAGUGUGUUCGAAAACGAGCCGUAAUGUCUAUGCUUUCCAGAUGCAAAGAUGAGUCCCAAGCUAGCAGCGUUGUUGACGAAGUUUGGGACUCGUGUUUCAAUGAUACCCGCCCUUUUGACGAGAUCUACAGGUAA